GCGGUGGGGGUCAGGUGCUCCGGCCCGGGUCGCGUGCAGGUGCGCUGGUGCGGGUCCUGGGUCGCUGCUCGCUCCCUCCCCUCCCCGCGGUUAGCUCCGGCCUGCGGAAGGGAGCCUCCUCCAGGCCCCCGUCCCAUCGCCCCAGACCGAUGCCGACUGACCUCAUCGCUGCGAGGAUUUCCUAGGCUGAGGAAGGAGGACUGGAAGGGAGGAAGAACUGGAAGCAUCCAGAGAAAUCUGAACCCAGAUCCAGGGAUUCCACUGCUUUGUCAAGCACUUUGUGCAUGGAAAAGAAAAAAAAGUGAUGUCUUUCAUCUCCGCCCCCCCACCUCUCUAUUCGUUGCUUUGUGUCGCCUAUGUGAUAAUGUUGGUUCUUUUCGCCAAAUAUUCCUCAGCUUUAGACAGCACUUCAUCUUUGCUUACUUCGUUGGUCUCAGAAAAACAGCUCUCUCCUGCUUGCCACAUUUGCUGAAUAGGUGAAAAUCAGAUAUCAUACACUGAACUGAUCCAGUGCUUUGAAAAUGACUUGGAAAUGUCCUUUAGUGUCCUUCAUACUUGCCGCACUAACUCUUUCAACCACAUUUUCUCUCCAACCAGACCAGCAAAAGGUUCUACUAGUUUCAUUUGAUGGAUUCCGUUGGGAUUACUUAUAUAAAGUUCCAACACCCAAUUUUCAUUAUGUUAUGAAGUACGGUGUUCAUGUAAAGCAAGUUACUAACAUUUUUAUUACAAAGACCUACCCUAACCAUUAUACUUUGGUAACUGGCCUCUUUGCAGAGAAUCAUGGGAUUGUUGCAAAUGACAUGUUUGACCCUAUUCUAAACAAAUCUUUCUCUUUGGAUCACAUGAAUAUUUACAAUUCUGACUUUUGGGAAGAAGCAACUCCAAUAUGGAUCACAAAUCAGAGAGAGGGACAUACUAGUGGUGCAGCCAUGUGGCCGGGAGCAGAUGUAAAAAUACAUAAGACCUUUCCUACUCACUACAUGCCUUACGAUGAGUCCGUUUCAUUUGAAGACAGAGUUACCAAAAUUAUUGAAUGGUUUACAUCAAAGGAGCCCAUAAAUCUUGGUCUUCUCUACUGGGAAGACCCUGACGAUAUGGGCCACCAUUUAGGACCUGACAGUCCACUCAUGGGGCCUGUUAUUUCAGAUAUUGACAACAAGUUAGGAUAUCUCAUACAAAUGCUGGAAAAGGCCAAGUUGUGGAAUGUUGCGAACCUAAUCAUCACAAGUGAUCAUGGAAUGACCCAGUGUUCUGAGAAAAGGGUGAUAGAACUUGACCAAUAUCUGGAUAAAGACCACUAUACCCUGAUCGACCAAUCUCCAGUAGCAGCCAUCUUGCCUAAAGAAGGCAAAUUUGAUGAAGUCUACGAAGCGCUAGUUCAUGCUCAUCCUAAUCUUACUGUUUACAAAAAAGAAGAGCUUCCAGAAAGAUGGCAUUACAAAUACAACAGUCGAAUCCAGCCCAUCAUAGCAGUGGCUGAUGAAGGGUGGUAUAUUUUGCGGAAUAAGUCGGAAGACUUUCUGUUAGGCAACCACGGUUAUGAUAAUGCAUUAGCAGAAAUGCAUCCAAUAUUUUUAGCCCACGGGCCUGCCUUCAGAAAGAAUUUCAUGAAAGAAGCCAUGAACUCCACAGAUCUGUACCCACUGCUGUGCCACCUCCUCAAUAUCACCGCCAUGCCACACAAUGGAUCGCUCAGGAAUGUCCAGGAUCUGCUCAGUUCAGCACCUCCAGGGGCAAUUCCUUACACACAGAGUACUACGCUCCUCUUUGGGAGUGUUGAACCAGAAUAUGAGCAAGAGGAGUCAUACCCAUAUUUCAUAGGGGUCUCUCUUGGCAGCAUUAUAGUGAUUGUAUUUUCUGUAAUUUUCAUUAAACAUUUAAUUCACAGUCAAACACCUGCCUUACAAGAUAUGCAGGGGGAACUAUCUCAACCAUUAUUGCAAGCCUAAUGCUAGCCUGAAGUGGAAUUGUGUAUUGAAGAGGAGAUUGCAUAGUUCUGUCGGUGUUUAAAGGUUUCAAGUUCUAAAAAACCAGUUGCAGGCAUUUGCAGAAACAUCAAGGAAUGAUUUACAUAUUUAGGUCACAGUAACAUACAUACACACAGAUAGGCCAAAAUAGUCUUACCUGCAAAGGAUUAAAAAUGUGAGAGUAUGUCUCCAUUGUUCUCUUUAGUUUAGGGUUAGGUAAAAUCCUGCUUUAUUUGGACUUGGUACAUAAAAUGUAUAUAUUCAGCAACUUUGCACUAUUUAAAGUACCUUGUACAUUGCACUUUAAAUUACUCUCCUAUUGAGUACUUCUAUUUGAAAUGCACUUUAUGGACAAUUAUGUCCUAGAUCUUGGUUGAAAACAACUUUUUGCACCUGUAUCACAAAGUACUACUUAUUCACUGUUCUAACUGGAUGAAAUUUCUAGUGAUUCCUGAAUAAGGUAGAAAUCUAUUUCCUUAAAUUGGGAGAACAACUAAAAAGUGGCAACUGUUGAAAAUUAAAUGUGAUAAACUUUGUACCUUUAAUUUUGGAGAGAUGUAUUCCCUUGGUCAAUUGCAUCUGUGGGCAUUUCUUGUCAUAUUUCUUUCCCCAAAACAUGUGUUUUCCUUUAUUUUUCCCCCACAAAGAGAUUGAAAUACUGACAGAUUCCUUGUCAUAAAAUUAAUUAUUGCUAUUUCCUGAUUAGUCAUAUUACUCUGAUUUUUAUAAUAAUGAAGAUACCAUGAAUAUACAUUUAAUAUACAUUUCUUUCUUAGGUAGGUCAGCAGCGGCCUGAACCUAAGAGGCUAGGCACCAUCUCAGCAAUGUUUUUCUUGUCUAUAAUUAUUUGCUUCUUUGAAAACUAAAUCAUUAUUAAUAGCAUUAAAAAUCAAAUUAGAUAAAACAGUGUUUUGUUUUUUUUUUUUUCUUUUUGGUAGCAUGUGGUAACGGAGCACAAUCUUUUAGAUUUGCACAUUUGGAGAUCCAGAGUUGGAAAACAGCACAAAUCAUACUUGGUAAAAUAUAGGCCACUUAAUUCUUGAAAAGAGCCAUGUGGAACCUGAAGAAAAAAAUUUAGGAAGACCACAUUUGAGAUGUUCAUACUCUACCUAGAACAAUGGUAAUGAGUGCUUACUGGCAAAAAUUAGCAAAAGAGCGCUUAUUGGUAACAAGUAUUAAAACAGAGGAACUGAGAUACAUAGCCCAAGACUUACUUGAAUAUCCACCUGCAAGGUGCUCAGUGGAAUCAAGGAUGGAUCCAAGUCCACAAAUAGACUCCUAGCACUGGCUAGUGUUUUUCACUAGCCUUGUCAUCUCAUCCACCUUCUUUCCAACAACGUAAGGCUGUGCUUUAGAUUUCAAAAUAGUUAAGUUUGGGAGAACCAUGGAGUUACAUAGGGUUUCUUAGAGAAAAGAGGAAAUCUUAAAACAGGCAUGUGGCUAAUGAGUAGACAGAAUGGUCUAACUACUUUAGAAAGAAAGGACAAAUUGGAUGUGAAGAACAAAAGUGACAGAGUUAAAAAUAUAACUGAAUUGAAGUCCUUCUAAAAUUAGGUGAAUAAAUUAUUUUUUAAGUGCUAAAGCUAAAGGAACAUUAGCACCUAAUUCUCAUUUUAUUAUAAAACCUCUUAAGAGGAUGUAAUUGAAUAAUAGGAAAUAGCCUACAGAUUUAAAAACUGAACAUUUAAAUGGUAAAGGGAAGACACUCCCCAGAAGUUUAUAUUCUGGAUUAGACAUCCCAGGAUACUUGCUUGAGCACUCAUGUUAGCUUGCUUUGUAGCUGUUGAGAUGUCAUUAUAAUGACUGGAAGAUGAAAUGAGUCCAUUGUAAAACAUGACUGUUACAAUCUGUCCAUCUAAAUGAUUUGUUGCAUUAAAAUCAUUUUAGAAGGUGCUAUUACCUUAGUAGUAAGAAGAAAGUAAAUGCUGUAACAUUGAUGAAAGCAUUAAAAUUCUGAUUCGAAGAUUUGA